AUGCAUCCUGGCCAACAACGAAACCAGCUGCUGCUUGGCACAUUUGUCCACAGCAAGUCCCGAAGAGAGUUGGACAUAUUUCACAAUGGCGCCGUUGCUGUCGAUGCCAACGGCAAGAUUGCCGCUGUGGAACGCGACUGUCCCAGCGUAGAGGCGGCCAAGACGCAGGCUCUCUCCAAGCUCGGCUGGGACGCCGACGAUGUCGACAUUUACACCACAAAAGAAUCCCAAUUCUUCUUUCCCGGCUUCAUCGACACGCACAUUCAUGCCCCCCAGUAUCCCAAUGCUGGCAUCUUUGGCAAGACGACGCUCCUCGACUGGCUCGAGAAGCACACCUUCCCCAUGGAGGCCAGCCUCAAGGACCUCGCCAAGGCCCGCAAGGUCUACACGGCCGUCGUCCGCCGCACCCUCUCCCACGGCACCACCACCGCCGCCUACUACGCCACCAUUGACGUGGCCGCCACCAACCUGCUCACCGACCUGUGCUUCGCCAUCGGCCAGCGCGCCUUUGUCGGCCGCGUCUGCAUGGACCGCCCCGGCAUUAACCCGGACUACUACCGCGACGAGUCCACCGAGGCCGCCAUCCAGGCCACGGAGCAGACCAUUGAGCACGUUCGCGCCAUCGACCCCGAGUUUGACCUCGUGGCGCCCAUCCUCACCCCGCGAUUCGCCCCGUCAUGCACGCCCGAGGGCAUGAGGGCGCUCGCAAAGCUGCAGAAACAAGGCGGUUACCUGGCCCAGACACACAUCUCGGAGAACACCGGCGAGGUUCAGCUCGUCCGCGAGCUGUUCCCAGAGAGCCAGUCGUACACCCAAGUCUACGACGACCACGGGCUGCUCACGCCCAGGAUGGUGCUCGCGCACGCCGUCCACCUGACCGAGGAGGAGGGCAGUCUCAUUGCUCUCCGCAAGAGCAAAAUCUCCCACUGCCCCUGCAGCAACUCCUCACUGACGAGUGGCACCGCCCGCGUGCGCUGGAUGUGGCAAAAGGGCAUCGAGGUCGGCCUCGGCACCGACGUCUCGGGCGGCUACUCGCCCUCCAUCCUCGAGGCGGCCCGCCAGGCCACGCUCGUCAGCCGCCACGUCGCCGUCCGCGCGGGCGACGACAUUGAAAAGGAGCGCUGCAAGCUGUCGGUCGAGGAGGUGCUGUACCUGGCCACCCGCGGCGGCGCCAUCUGCCUCGGGCUCGAGGACAAGAUUGGCGGCUUCGAGGUUGGCAAGGACUGGGACGCGCAGCUCGUCGGGCUCGGCCGCGUCGCCGACUCGGGCCUGCGCGAGGGCGAGGAGUACACGGCCAACGGCCACGGCGCCGGCGCCGGCGUCGAUGCCGCCGGCAUGGUCCCCGCGCUUAACGGGUGCGACGAGGGCAACGUCGACAUCUUUGGCUGGGAGUCGUGGGACGAGGUCAUGGCCAAGUGGCUGUACAGCGGCGACGACCGCAACACGAAAAAGGUCUGGGUCAAGGGCCGUCUUGUGCACGCGAGGAGGUGA